AUGGCUGCCAAUCAGCCCGAGGAUGUGGUGUCCGAUGGGAACCAGACUUCCAGCACAACCAGUCUCACGACGAGGAAUGUCAGUGAGGAGAAACUAGUGAGAAAACUAGACUUGUACCUCAUUCCCCUGGUAAUGCUCUUGUAUCUCAUGAGCUUUCUCGACCGUGUCAAUAUUGGCAAUGCUCGCCUCUACGGCCUCGAAGAGGACCUUGGGCUCGUCGGCAACCAGUUCCAGGUCGCCGUCUCGAUCCUCUUUGUGACGUACAUCUUGUUCGAGGUUCCUUCCAAUCUCGUGCUUAAGCGCUUCACCCCACGCCGCUGGAUAGCCUUCAUUACAUGCGCCUGGGGCAUCGUCGCGACCCUGACGGGCCUUGUCAACUCGUACGGCGCCCUCCUCGCCUGCCGCCUCCUGCUCGGCAUCUUCGAGGCCGGCCUGUUCCCGGGUCUGAACGUUUACCUCACCUUCUUCUACACCAAGCACGAGCUCGCCCUGCGUGUGGGAUACCUCUUCGUGUCGGCCGCCAUUGCUGGCGCGCUUGGUGGUCUGCUCGCGUACGGCAUCGGACACAUGGACGGCGUCCAGGGCAUGAGCGGCUGGCGGUGGAUCAUGAUCAUCGAGGGCAUCCCGACUUUUGUGCUCGGCAUCAUCACGUACUGGGCCCUGCCGAAUGACCCCGCCACUGCCUACUUCUUUACCGAGGAGGAGAAAGUCAUGAUGGCCGCGAGACUGGGCCGGGAGUACGGCCAGACGAAGAGCGCCCAGGAAUUCGACCAGCGCGACAUGGUCAAGGCCUUCCGUGACUGGAAAGUUUGGAUGUUCUGCAUCGGGCUCUUUGGCGCAGACACCAUGUUAUACGGAUUUUCCACGUUCCUGCCCACCAUUAUCCGCGGCCUCGGCGACUGGACGGUGGCUCAAGUCCAGCUCCUCACGGUCCCGUGCUACUUCCUCGGCGCCGCGACCUACAUGUGCAUCGCAUUCCUCUCGGACCGCACGCGCAAGCGCGGACUGUUCUGCGUCAUUUUCGGUACCAUCAGUGUCGUCGGUUACGGCGUGCUGAUAUCCCCGACUUCCCAGGGCGUGCACUAUUUUGGAUGUUUCCUCGUAGCCACCGGACUCUACGUCGUUGUCGGGCUGCCGCUCGCCUGGCUGCCGAACAACUCUCCCAGAUAUGGAAAGAGAACUACAGCCAACGGAAUGCAGCUUUCGACGGGUAACUGUGCAGGCAUUAUGGCGCCAUUCAUCUACGGUUCUGCCGACGGGCCGCGGUACAUUCGUGGUCACGCCACGACACUUGCCAUGGUGAGCAUGGCAACAUGCAUCUAUGCUUUCAUGUGGUGGUAUUUCAACCGCCAGAAUAACCAGCGGGAUCGCGGCGAACUCUCCGACAAGCACCGCGACCUUUCGGAGGAAGAGCUAGCAGAGUUGGGGGACGAAAGCCCGCAUUUUCGCUACACGAUAUAG